AUGCAGUACGUCAGGAAUCUGAGCGACUCUGUCUCGACAGCAUGGAACUCGAUCAACCCGGCAACAUUGAGCGGUGCCAUCGACGUAAUAGUCGUUGAGCAGGAAGACGGAUCGCUACUCUGCUCACCUUUUCACGUGCGCUUCGGCAAGUUCUCGCUCUUGCGCCCAUACGAGAAGAAGGUCGAGUUCAAGGUCAAUGGGGUCAAGCAGCCGUAUUCGAUGAAGCUGGGCGAAGGAGGCGAGGCAUUCUUUGUAUUCGAGACCAGCGACACUAUUCCCAAGAGUCUCCAGACCUCUCCCCUCGUUUCUCCAGCCUCCAGUCCACCUUUGAGCCCGCAACAAACCACCGGACUCGGGGAGCCUGAAGCCCUCGAUCUUAACGAUCCAAAAGUGCGGUCAGCGAGCUUUAGCAGACCGCCGUUGACCGUGCUCCCGAAUCAAAGAGAUGGCCUCAUCACACCAAGAUCAGCUUCUCCAGAGUUGGGAAAGGCCGGAACCUCUAUUGGCGACUGGUCCCCACCGCGUCCUCAUAGCGAUGAUGUCCUGCGGAUGACGGCUAGGAGGGCACCCAGUGAGGACUCGGACGACCCCGAAAACCCCAAGUACUCGGACCGUUCACACAGCCCACCGCCUCUCUCGGCAUCCGAGGCUUUGCAGAGAGCCAUGAAUCUCUCCAGGGAGCUUGCCGCAGUGAAUAUUCAGACACAUAUCACCGAAACAGGAGAUCUUAUGCUGGACAUGAGCAACUUCAAAAACAACGAGGAAGAUGCGAUCAAGACGGAGAUUCUGGCUCGCAAGGUUCUCUCGGAGGAGCUCGACGGCUACUACGAUAUCGGCGCUCUGUUUGGUGUGGAUGAGCGCGGAAAUCUCUGGAUCUACAGCAGCGAGGAAGCCAAGGCUGCCGCCAUGAAGAAAGCCAUGGAAUCGAGCCUGCGCAACGACAACGGCAUCGUCAUGGACGCGGCUUCUGAUCCCGGCUACCAGAGCGACAGCAGCGACGUGACAGCUUCACCUAGCGUACCAAGCCACAGACGUGCCGAUUCAGACCUCGGCCAGAUGUCUAUCCAGACACCACCCAGCUCUCCCGGCUCCUCAACCGCCGGUGAUCCGAACCGUAACUACGCCAAGACCUUGCGGUUGACCAGUGACCAGCUCAAGGCCUUGAACCUGAAGCCGGGCGAGAACUCGAUGAGCUUCACCGUGAACCGCGCGACCUGCUCGGCCUACAUGUACCUCUGGAAGUACGAGGUGCCAGUCGUCAUCUCCGACAUUGACGGCACCAUCACCAAGUCAGAUGCCUUGGGCCACGUGCUGAACAUGAUCGGCCGUGACUGGACUCACGCCGGUGUGGCCAAGCUAUACACCGACAUCGUCGCCAAUGGGUACAACAUUAUGUACCUGACGAGUCGCUCCGUCGGACAAGCCGACACCACCAGGGCAUACCUAGCCGGUAUUGUCCAAGACGGCUACAAGCUUCCACGAGGCCCAACAAUUCUGUCUCCAGAUAGGACAAUGGCCGCCCUCCGUCGCGAGAUUUACCUCCGAAAGCCACACAUCUUUAAGAUGUCCACCCUGCGUGAUAUUCGCUCCCUCUACGGCCCCGACCGCAAACCCUUCUACGCCGGCUUCGGCAACCGUUUCACAGACCAAAUCUCUUACCGCACAGUCGACGUCCCGAGAACAAGGAUUUUCACCAUCAACUCCAACGCGGAGGUCUCGCUCGAUCUGCUCAGUCUUAACAAGAUGAAGCUUAGCUAUGUCAACAUGACCGAGGUGGUAGACCACUACUUUCCCCCUGUCAGCACGCUUGUCAAGGGCGGUGGGGAGGAAUACACUGAUUUUACGUACUGGAGGGACACCCCGCUUGAACUGGACGAGUUCUCGGCUAGUGAUACCGAGGGUGAGGGCGAGGAAGAGGAAGAAGAAGAAGAGGAGGAGGAGGAGAUGGAUGAUGAGGAUGAGGAGUAUGAAGAUGAGGAUGAGGAUGAGAUUGGGGAGGGAAUGGGGGAUAGUUACAUGUCGAGGGAUUCAUACGGGGAUGACUUGGGUGAGAGUUAUGACGAGGACAGGAUGGUGAGGAGUGCGCUUGAGGAGAGGGGGCAGGAGGGGGAUGAUGAGGAGGAUUUGGAGGAGGAGUUUGAGGAGGCGGUGGAUGAGGAGGUUGAUAGUGCGGGUGGUGAGGAGGAGAUGCCGAUGGAUGAGAGCACAAAGGAAAAGAAGAGGAUUUUGGAGGAUGUGGAGAGGAAGCUUGAGGAGGAGAAGAGGGAGAAGGAAAAGGGGAAGGAAACGGCUGUGCCGGAUACUAAUGCGGAGAUUAUCACUGGGAUUAACGAUUUGAUGGUUGGUGCUGAGGUUGCGGAGAAGAAGGAGUGA